CUGUUCUUCCAACAAGGACAUCAACCAUCCUCCUCAGGCUAAGAAUUCCCAAUACACACACAGCAGCCUCACCAUCCUGGAAGCUCAGAUCUGGAAGACUCCAUCAGCAGCAGAGGACUAGCAGGAGAGACUGUGACAAGAAGCUGUGGCUCUCCUACCUAACUGGUCAGCACCAUGAUGCAGCCUCAAGUCUUCAUUUCUGGCCUCAUACUUCUCCCAGGUAUUGUGGGUUCUUCCUUAGUAGUGAAGGGGGUCGCAGGUGGCCCUGUUACACUGCCGUGUACUUACUCAGCGCAUCUCGGAAUCGCUACCACAUGUUGGGGCCUCGGGGACUGUCAGUCUUCUUAUUGUGUCAGGACACUUAUCUGGACCGAUGGAUACCGAGUCACCUAUCAGAGGAGCAGCCGAUACCAGCUAAAGGGGAAUAUUUCAGAAGGAAACGUGUCCUUGACAAUAGAAAACGCUGUUCAGAGUGACAGUGGUCCCUAUUGUUGCAUAGUGGAAAUCCCUGGAUCUUUUAGUUAUGUGACCUAUUCAUUGGACGUUAAACCAGAGCUGCAAACUCAAUAACCAAGGAGACCCACAACUACAGAAAGACCCACAAUUACAGGAAGACCCUUGUUGACUCUGUCAACAAGACCCACACAUGUACCAGCAUCACCCAGAGUCUCCACCUCUACUCCUACAACACCAGCGCACAUGCAGACUCACACACCAGAACCUACUACAUCUUACCCAGGUCAGACUACAGCCGAGGUGACAGAAACCGCAUCCUACACCCCUGCAGAUUGGAAUAACACUGUGACAUCCUCAGAUGACUCUUGGAAUAAUUACACUGUAAGCAUAUUCCUCCCAUUUUAUCAAUAG